AUGGCGGCCGUUUCAGCACCUACCCCCAAGCUGGAUCGAUACAUUGUCAUCCACGUUGCAACUACCUGCGAUGAACAUGGUGUAUAUGUCACUAAGGAUUCAGCUGAGGUCAUUGAGUUGGGAUGGAUCCUGUUGGACACCAAGACAUGCGAGGAACUGCACCGUGAAAGUGUCCUCGUUAAGCCUGUGAAUACACCAAUCACUCCGCUUUGCACGAGCUUGACUACUUUGACAUGGGAACACGUUCGCUCUGCAGGCACUUUCCGGGAUGCCAUCGCUCGGUUCGACGCCUUCGCCAAGGAACACCUCCUCAACAAACACGAGUUUGCCUUUGUGACGUUGGACUCGUGGGAUCUGCGGGUGCAGCUGCCCCGCGAGGCCCGCGACAAGGCUGUAGCGCUGCCCGCAUACCUGCAGCACUCCCGUACUUUUGACCUGCGAACCGAAUACCAACGCUGGCAGAAUCACCACCCUGAGUCGUUGCCUUUCGGUCCCAGCUCGCUCUCUAACAUCUGCGCUGCCCUCGAGGUUGAGCCCGUUCAGUCGUCCGCCCCGAUCAAGCACAAUCUUCCUUUCCACUUGCAAGCCUUGGCGCCCGCUUCCCCCCGCCGAGCUAUGGAGGAAUCCGUUACUCUCGCCCGUGUGCUGCGGGGUUUGAUCCGCAAGUCGCAGCCGCCCCAGGACCACCCCGAGAUCCUGACUCGUCCUAUGGAUGCUCAUGCCGAUGUUCGUGCCUUUUUGUCGGAACGGAGCAAGGUUCUGCACCUCAGUGGUCUGCCCCACGAUACCACUCAGUCUGAGUUGGAGAGCUGGUUCACCCAGUUCGGUGGUCGUCCCAUUGCCUUCUGGACUCUGCGGACCCCAGACCAGCAUAAGCCUACCGGCACUGGGUUUGCUGUCUUCUCUUCUCACGAGGAGGCUGCUGAAAGCCUGUGCAUGAACGGUCGUGCGCUCAACGAGAAAGCCAUUGAGGUUUCUCCCUCUUCCAGCCGGGUUCUGGACCGCGCCGCCGAGAUCCUCACUCCCUUCCCACCCUCCAAGAACCGCCCUCGUCCAGGUGAUUGGACUUGCCCGUCUUGUGGCUUCUCCAACUUCCAGCGCCGCACGGCAUGCUUCCGUUGCUCGUUCCCCGCCAUGGCUGCCGCGCCGGACCCAAUGAACUAUGGAAACUACGGCUAUGGCCCGCCAUCAAUGAUGCCUCCGCACAUGGGUCACGGUGGCCACGGUAUGGGUGGUGGUCACUCCCGGGGCAUGGGUGGCAACGGUGGUGUUGUUCCCUUCCGCGCUGGUGACUGGAAGUGUGGCUCCGAGGGUUGUGGCUACCACAACUUUGCCAAGAACAUCAACUGCUUACGCUGCGGUGCGCCUCGCUCAGGUGCUGCCGUCGUGGCCGACUCGGCGUUCCCGUCCCCGAUGGAUCCGCCGUCGCAGUUCAACAUGGGGCCCAACUCGAUGGCUAGCACCCCGGCCCCAGCUCCGUUCGCCUCUACCGCCGGUGGUUUCGGCGGUUUCGGCCAGCAGUUCGGUGGCCCACCUAACAACUAUGCUCUGCCUUCCGGUGGUCUCGGUAACAACACCCCUGGUGCCUACCCUCCCAUGGGCCAGAUGAACUCGGGCUAUGGUUCUUCCAGCACCUCUCACUCGGCCGCCUCCUUCGCCAACCCGGCCACCCAGGCUGCGUUCACUGGCGCAGAUCACGGCGUUCCUUCCACCAGCGCUUCGAACGGUGCCUUCUACGGUUCCGAUGGUGCCAGUGAUCCCUUCGCUUUCCUGUCCUCUGGCCUCGGUGGUCUGACAGUCAGCGAUGACUCUCACUCUCGUCGCAACGGUUCCGGUGCCAACAAGUCGCCUGCUUAA